GCUGACCGUUGAUGGCGAUGCCAUUAGUACUCAUCAGUAACUAAUUAUAUUUUUACAGUUAAUUUUAAAAAUAUAAAAUUCUUUCAAAUCACCAAAUAUCACUUAACAACAUGGUUUGGUUAGAAAAACGUAGUUGAUUUAACUUCUUGUUAUUAUCAGGGCGAAUCUAGACUGUUUAUUUAAUGGGUGCACCAUUGUUUAUAAAAAAUGCUUAUAUAAAGGUUCAAAACUAGAAAAAAAUUGGUGCACAAGCUUCUUUUUACCAUCUGAAUUUACUAAAUUUAAGUGUUUGCUAUUCAUAAAAAAUAAGUGUGGGUGCACAUGUCCCCAUACCUUAUAGCAUGGCUUGGCCACUGGUGAUCAUAAUUGCCAAUAUAAGGAAAAAAACCAUUGUUUCUGAAUAAUAACCGGAAAUAUAUUAGAAAAUACGAAUAUGAACCAUAAAAGAAAAUAAAGUGUAUACAAAAACGACUAAAGAAGUGCAAAAAGGCCAAGAAGGUGUUGCUAGUUGUUACUCUUUUCAUUACAGCUAAUACGAUUAGUUGGCAGAAAUGUGAAAGCUUUAAUUUUUCGCUAAGUUUCCUUCGCAUCGCCAACCAUAGUUUCGUAAUUAUUAUACACUUUUGUUAUCUGUGAAUUACGUUACUUAUAUAUAUUCAAACAUUAACAAUGAAAAAUCAUUAUUUCAAUAUUUUAAACUAUAGGAUCUUCAAAAGAAAAAGAAAAAGCCAGUCAUAUUUGAAUCCAGACCAUACUAACCACUUCUUGUUCUAGACAGAGACAGAGUAAUGCAGUUUACAAGAAGAAGAUUCCCACCACGAGAAGCUCUAGAGAUGCCGGCAGCAGAACUGAACCGUCGGAGAAAUCAUGGGUCGAGUCUAAGGACCAGGCUGGCUUGCACGUGUUCAGGCCGGCCUGGUUCGGCUCGGUGCGUGCGGCACGGUUAUAUUGUUCCGAGCAGGGAGAAGCUGAUAAGGAGAGCAAGUGACGGAAACAGAGAGAUACUGAAGAGAGCCUUGAUGCCGUCUAGUCACCAUCGGAUGAGUCACCGACGGUGGAAUUUCCGACCAACUCCAAGCCGACUCUGUAAUAUGUCUUCCGCUUGAAUUUUCUUUAUUUUUAUUUUUGUAAUCGAAUUAUUUUUGUCUUUUUUUUCUUGAAAAAUCAUUAUUGGUUUUGCUCAGAGGUACCAUACAAAACCGUUUUUACGUCAUGUUAUCAAGUAUAAAUUUUUGGAUGGUUUGAUGUAUCGGGAAGACUUUUUAUUUCCACAUCCAAUCAGAUAACAAUGUGAUCUGUUUUAUGAAGUUAUGAUAUUUAAAGCAUUUAAUAAAAAUGUUUAUGUAGUUCA